AUGGAGGACAGCUUUCCUUGUGCAGCGCCAGGCUGCGAAAGCACCGGCAGCAAGCUGUGCAGCCGCUGUGGCAAAGCAGCAUAUUGCUCCGCCGAAUGCCAGCGCAAGGAUUGGAAGGUGCACAAGUUGCAGUGCCAGAAAGCUGAGACGCCGGAGAACCGUAUCAGUGACCACUUGGCGAAGGGCCAGCUGUUUUCGGCGCAAGAAGCGCUGCAACAGCUGGAGAAACCCAACGCGCGCCUGGCGGCCGAGCUGGAAGAGAAGCUCAAGUUGGGCAUCCUUUCCGAGGUGAUUGCCGAUCGCCUGAGCCUUCAGCCAGCCCGAUACGGGCUCGGAUAUGUGGCGGCCAAGGACCUUUCUGCUGGAGACCCCCUCCUCUUCGACACCGCCUUUUGCUCAGCACCCAUGGACGGCGACCAGGAAUUCUACUGCACCAUCGCGGAGAAAUCCAUUCGUAAAGGCCAUGCGGACCGCAGGGCCAGCGCUCGUGUGGAUGCGCAAGCGGACUUCUACUAUGAUAGUCUCCUGAAACUGUGCACCAAGGACUCCCACGACCGAGCCACCUUGGAAGGGACCGAGAUGGAAGCGGACACGCGCGAGCAGAUCCUGGUGUGCUCCAUCGCCGAAGCCAACUCGCUGUACUGCACCGAGGAGCCGAACUUUGCGGCGCUGUACGCCGCGGGCGCUCGCUUCAACCAUUCCUGCGCGCCCAAUGCCUCCAUCGAAAGCUCUCGAAGUCGACUCUUAGUGCGGGCCGCCACAGCCAUUCCAAAGGGCAUGGAGGUGACGAUCAGCUAUUUGCCACCACAGCUCCUGAGCGAGGCAGGACCCAAGCGGCGCGAGCGGCUGGCGGCCGGGCGCGGCUUUCAGUGCAGGUGCGACCGGUGCGAGGCCGCGGACGAGCCGAGCGAGCAAAAGUGGAGCGGAGGGGCAAAGCCAGAGCGGAGCUCCAUUCCUGCUCCGACAGCGGAGGCGUUGGUGCAAUAUGCCACAUCCUCAGAAGAUGGAGCGUUGCCCGGUGGCCAGAGUGCCAAUCCCCCAGACGGCGCCCAGCCCAAGGCAGAAAAAUUCAUCGCCAAAGCCAAGCCAGGUGGUGAGAAGACCUCGCUUUGGGACGCGGUGGGCUCUCCUGUGCUCAAAAGUCAGGAGCCUGCAGGCCUCCUUCCCAAGGCCUUGCCGCGCGCCCCCCCGCCGCGCCCCGAUCCGGCCACGACCAAGCCGGCGGUACCGGCCGAUGAGCCGAGGGCGAAGGCUCCAGAGGGGUCACAGGAGUCGCAGGUGGGAGAGAAGAGGAAGCGCGCGCGCCGUGACGGCCAGGAAGCGCGGCGUGACGCCUUCGAGCUCCGGAGGAGGCGUCACGGCGCUCCUUUUUCUUCGGAGUUUCUGGGGAGAGACCUGGGCGAAAGUCCUUCGGAGUCCUUCGGGCUACGUCAUUCGGCGGUGAAGAACCGUGCCUUUUGGCAGGACCGCGGCCUGUCUUCAAGGCAGUACUACAGCACUUCGAAAGGCGGGUGGAUGACGACGAUGGUGAAAGCGGUGCACUUCGAUGACGCUGGGAAGGUGCAUGCCUAUGAUUGCUCCGGGAAGCAAGGUGCCCCGCCCUCGAAGGCCAAACAGGCCAUCGAGGCCGUCCUCCAGCCCAUUAUGGUUUUACUUGCGGAAGGCGCGGAGCUGGCCACAGAGUAUCUGAGAGCCGAAGGUGAUGGGCUUGGCGCUUUUGUUGAAACAGUGCCCGACACGGAUGGAGGCAGCGCCUGCUUCAACGCGCUCAUGCAUACUUUGCGCAUGAUUUCCGAGGGAGAAAUUCUACGCCUUGCGGUGUGUUUCACUGGAACCAAACGUGUGCGGGAGAUGCAAAGGUCGCAAUAG